CCGAUCAGCUGAUAAAUCCAUACUACCUUCUGUUUAUUCGUUUUGCUCAACCAAUUCAACUAACUUUUGAAUAAAAUGUUAUGUUUUCAUAUAUUUCGCCAAACUAAAAAUUUAUUACCAAUCUUUUGUUCACCUCAAUUAAUAAACCCGCUUACGAGAAAGUCCAGCACUUACAAACGCUCACAGCUUAGUGUACCGCAUGCGGAUCAUUUGCUAGACAUGAAAAAGGAAUUAUUUGAACAACGAACUGAGUUGAGCGACAGUGAGUGGCAAGAAUUGCAAAAUAAUCUUAUUUCUAAGUACAAACACAUAACUAAUAGUAAUGUGGAUGCUAUAAUACUUGGUUUAUGUGGCAGCAUCGAACAACUUCCUCUGGCCAAGAACUAUGUGCAUUAUUUACACAAAUGUGGGUUCGAACCCAACCUAGCAACUAUUGGACGUCUAUUGCGUAUUUAUAAUACAAGUUACCAUAAAAAAGGUGGAAAUGAUGCAUCACUUACGCCUGAAGAACAACAGCAUAUUUUUGAUAUAUAUGCUAAAUUACGUGAACGUUAUGAAAUUCUAGCCGCCACGACAUGUGAGAAUUUAAUAUAUGGUUUGGUAUGUACAAAAGAAUGGCGCACGGGUAUAGAAUUGCUAACAAUGACAAAAAUCACUAGUACACCAAGUAUCGGCGCUUAUACUGAACUCACAGUAAAAGCUUUUACGCAAGGUGAAUUAAACAUUGGAUGGAAUUUGCUCGAUGAAACCGUGGAACAAGGCAAGGAACCUAAAUGUGAAACUUAUAUAGCAUAUUUACAGUACAUAGCGCGCGAACCAUUGACUCUACAGUGUAAUUUAGAAAUAUUAUUUACAUUUUGGGAAAAGUAUGAAUUGAUUAUAACAGCAAAUGUGGUGGAAGUUAUAGCUGAUAUAUUAAAUAACAAUCUACACAAUGUCCAGUCAUCUCAAACAGACACACAAGGCAAAUGUGUUCAAUGCAAAUUGCACAUGCGGACUAUUACAAUAAGUGAUGCAGAGUUUGCUAAACUGAGUAAUUCCUUUUUAAAUAAAGUACUCAUACGCAAUGAUGUCUUCCAGAAAUCAACGCCAGAGGAGGUGGAACAUUUCAAGCGUUAUGUUACGAAAACAGCUCCAUAUGAUUGCGUUAUCGACGGCCUUAAUGUCGCAUACUCUAUGGGCGCAAAAAAAACACCCAAAAUGCUAGCUUCAUUGCUGGCAAAUGUAGUGAAGCAUUUUAAAACACAAGGUAAACAUGUACUUGUUCUUGGCCGCAAGCAUAUGAACAGCUGGCCGAAAGAUUCCAUGUUUUAUAUACGGAAAAAUGCUAGUCUGUUUCUGACAAAUAAUCUUUCGCAAGAUGAUCCCUUUCUGCUUUAUGCCACAUUGAAAAGUGGACAAUCAACUGAUUUCUUCUCACGGGAUUUGAUGCGUUCACAUGCAUUUUUAUUAGGAAACGAGUUGCGUACCAUAUUUCGGCACUGGCAACAGAUACAUCAGUACUCGUUUAUUACGCAAACGGAUAAUGGACGGAUAAUUGUAAAGGAACCAACACGUCACCUGCUUUGCACACACAAAGUAAAGGAUACUUGGCAUGUGCCAUAUAAACAAAGCUACAGCUCAAAUCCUGCCGAAUUAUUUGAAGUGCCUGAAAGUUGGCUGUGCAUUAAAUUUAAAUGAAUUGUCGAUUUUUUAAACAUAUUUUGACUACUGGUUAAGUUUGUGUAAAUAUAAACUGUGUUAAAAAUUUUUGUAUAAUUUAUUACAUUUUUAAAAUUUUAUGUUCUAAUAUUUUGGCGUCUUAAACUUUUUAAAAUAAGGCUAAAUUAAAAGUAAAAACAAAAAACAUUGAAAUGGCUUCCGAAGGAAUUGAUGAUUGGGAUGCGCCAUUACCCUCUUCAUCCACCAUUGAACCUGAAGAAGAGGAGAUAAUAUUGGAGGACAAAAAAAAAGAACUGAAAAAUAUGGAAAAGCUAAAAAAUUAUGUGGCCCGUAUGGCGUAUAAGCCAGCGCCGCCACCAUGCGUUAGACCACGUACCGAUCAAAUAUCAGGUCCACAAAAACGCAUCAUUGUCGACAGCUAUCUUGAGCAUGGCAAAGUUUUGACGCCUAAGGAAAGACGUCAGCGUGUCAAAAGAUUAGCACGCAAAUAUAAUGCUAUAUCAACUGAGCAAUUAGAACAAAUUAUAAAGAGUCAAAAAAGCAAAGAACGAAAACGUGAAGAUCUUUACAAACGCAAACAGGAACUUUACUAUGAAAUGCUCACCAAACUUGAGCGUCAGUGUCGCACGCAGUAUCUCAAUGUUUUGAUUAAGAAGUUUUCGAAUUUCAUAGCGAAACUGGCAACCACAAUGCAAAUACCGCCACAAUUGGUUGAGCCAUAUUCACGCAUGCAACGUGGCAUAUUCUGCAACAUUCUACUGGCGAUCGGUGUGCAACCUACCAAUCAAAAUGCUAUUUAUUACACCACACCCGAAGCGAUGGAAUACGAAGUGUGCCACAAGUUGGCACAUGCCUUGCUCAGUCUUAUCAUUAAAGCGCUCGAUUCAGCGUCUACUAAAAACCCAGAUGAAAUUGUACCUCAAGAGGCCGACUUUGAGAUGGAUCGCUAUAUUAAGGACCGUUUAAUGUGCGCUGCCGAAAAGAAAAUAUUAAGCACACGCAAUCAAGCUCAUCAGAAACAGUUGAAUUCCUCAAACUCAUUGGCAGCUAUGCUGAAAAAAUGUGAAAAUUUCAGUGUAAAAACGUGCAUAUAGUAAAAUAAAUUUAUUAAUUGUAUUUCAAUUAAA